AUGUCAUUGGAGCCAGUCAAUCAACUGGUGUUUUCCGGUGGAGGUCAAACAAUUGUCAAAGUUACAGAUGACUUCAAGCAUUUACUUGUUGCAAGUCAAAAAGGUUUACUGAAAAUUUUCGACGCUGAUCAUCAAGAGAAUGAACCAACAACGAUAGAUAUCCUGCAAGAUAUAUCUUCUUUUUCAACUUGUACCAACACAGACAAUAUCAUAGCGACUUCCAAGAAAGGAACUGUAGGUUUUUACUCCUUUUCGAACCACAGUCUCAACAAUAUAUUAUUCUCUUCAGUGUUACCUUUAAGAGACUCAUGUUUAACUAACGGUGGAAAUCUGGCUGUGGUAGGAGGUGAUGACUCAGAGCUAAUUCUGUUAGAUCCUCAGGGAGAAACAAAGCUUAUUAAGAAAAUUGGGCUGAACAAUGAAAUCACAUCACUGUCUUAUAAUCGGGUUUCUAAUCUUGUGGCUGUAUCGCUUUCUAGCAGGGUUGUAAGAGUAUACUCGUUAAGUUCACAAAGUCCGGAAUUCGUAUCCAGCAUUGAAGGUCAAAUACCCAAAAAAUUGUUCCAGGAUGAGUUUGACGAUAGUCUAGAAGAUGAGUUUGACGAAUUGGAUGAAGAAGAUAAUUUCACGUUCAAGGAUGACAAAACUAAGAAUAAAGCAAAGGAUAACAACAGAGUUUCCACGAAGCCAAGCUGGAGACCAGACGGUGAAGUAAUUGCCAUUCCUUGUGAAGAUAAUAUUAUCCGUUUAUUUUCCAGAAGCGAUGACUUUUCUGAGGGAGUUGCUUUUCCUGGAAAACACCGUCUUUCUUUGGUGGAUCUAUCUUGGUCGCCAAACGGUAACUACCUAGCAUCUGUUGACUUGGAUGACAGGCUGAUAAUUUGGGACACUCAGCAAAAAAUUGUCACUCACUCGUACAACCUCCCCAAGCCUGUUUACAAUGUCGAUUGGAUAUCCAUAGGUGAUCGUUUUGACGUUGUUCUGGGUACGUUUGAUGGCCACAUUUUGCGAUUUAAUGGCGUCGUUCCUCGAACUGGUACAACCUCUGUCGAUAAGGCAACGUCCUUGUUUAUCGAUGCCGAAGCUGGCGUUUCCGACGUAGAGAAUAAUGGCAAUGUUGCAGAAGCCAUUCCGGACGCUGAUGGUGACCUUGACGAUUUUAUUAUAGAUACUGAAACAAGUACGACAAAAAGGCCUCCAAAUGGAUUCCUUGAUGAAGAUGAUGAACUGUUUGGUGAACAUAGCAAGAAACGAAAACCUCCUACCAUUGUGUCUAGUUCUUGGAAAAUUACACCUUAUUCUCCAGGAGCCACUCCUUGGUCGUACGAUAAAAGGUAUUUGACUAUCAAUUCAUUUGGAUACUGUUGGUCUGUAGAGCAGACAGCAAAUUACACUAUAACAGUUGAUUUUUUCAAUAAGGACCUCCAUCGAUCUUAUCAUUUCAAAGAUGUUUAUGGAUACGACCUAGCAUCUAUGAAUGAGAAUGCUCUUGUUUUAGCAACCAGUGGUUCCAAUUCCAUUAAUCCAAAGGCAUCCUCUACUAAACGAAUCCUUUUCCGACCGCAUGACACUGAUAUAUCUCAGAAUUGGGAAAGAGAGGUUCCGUGCCAGAAAGAUGAAUAUAUCACAUGUGUAUCUGUCAGCAAUUCUGUUGUUGUCGUAGCAACUUCUUAUGGUUAUAUCAGAUCUUACAGUCUUUUUGGUGUUGCCCAAACCAUAGAAAAGAACUUCUCCAUUAGUUGCAUAUUCAGUAUGCAGGACUUAGAUGGAAAGUAUUAUCAGAGAGAUGCAGCAUUACCUGUGAAUGUCGAUGGCAAGAACGAUUUUGUAUUCAAGGGACUCUUCUUCAGUGAUGAUGGAGAUCCUUGCCUAGUGGGACAUGACGAUAUGUUGCUGGUUCUGUCUCGUUGGAGAGACCCACUUCAGGCCCGUUGGGUGCCAAUAUUAGAUAUCGCAGCUGGUAUCAAGAAAGCAGCUUCAAGUGGGGAUAAAAUAAAGAGCUGGCCCCUGGGACUUAUGGGUGAAAAAUUUAAUUGUAUAAUACAAAGAACAGGAAUUAUUCAAUCCAGUUCAUAUCCGGAUUUUCCUCUCCGCUUGCCUACAGAGAUUGAAAUUGAGUUACCGGUUAAUAGUGAAGCAUACUCAGAGGAGGAGGAAUCUUUGAAUUCUGAGGAAAACUAUGUCAAGGCUAAAGUUCUAGGAGAGCUACUAAAUGACGCCAUUCAGAACGCAGAUGAAGAUGAAGACAGCCUUGAAGAUUCAGAAUUGAGAUUGUUUGAAUAUUCAAGGUUAUACGACAAAUCAUUGCUUCUACUCCUUGCUGACGCAUGCUCCAAAGAGAACUCAAUGAAGGCUUUUGCAUUGGCUAACGAGCUUAGAGAUGAUAAGGCCCUUAGUAGUGCCAUUAAAAUUGCAGAAAGAAGUAACCUGGAGACUCUAGUACAGCAAAUUGCAGAAUUAAGAGAAGAGAGACUUGAACAGAGCCAAAGUCAAACAUAA